CCACCGUCUCCAUCAGACAAAAAUGUUCAUUACAUUUUGCAGCAUUACAAACGAUUCUCUUCUUAAAAAUAUCUCCGCACAUUUCCCUUCGAGUCUCCGAUCACCGGAAGUCCGAGCAGCUUCCGGUGAACGGGAAUUGCGGCGAUCAAUCGAGUUCUACUAUGGCUUUGCAUUGAUCAAUCUCUCUCAUGGAUUCGCCUGAGCGAGAUGAUGAAGCUCACAAGCGUCCUUGCCGCAUUCUUCUCCGUUUCUGUUUUGUUCUUCUCUUCUCUUUCGUCGCCUCGUGUUUGUUUACCUUGGUGGCCGCAUCUUUGGCUAUCAUGAUCGGAUAUUUCUCAAUCUCCAGUCCGAUUUCAGUUGCCGCACAGUGCAAGAUUAUUUCCAGCAGUGUUGAUAUUAGAUCAUCCAAGGUCUGUGAACUUGGAUGGUUGAAUUAUAAAGCUAAGCACGUCUUUUACCCCUUGGAAAGAAGAAAGUUCCGUUGCCAUUAUGAUUACUAUUGGGCUUCAGUAUUCAAGGUGGAGUAUAAAGAGCAUUCUUCAGGUCAAACACAUCAUGCACUGGCAGAAGCUCCUAAGGAAGCCCUACCUCCUGAUUGUAGGCCAAGUUUUGGCACUGCAUGGUUGGCCAAAGAUAAUUUCAAGGUGAAUGAAACCUAUAACUGCUGGUAUACACCUGGCGUAUCCAAAGUGGACAUAUAUUCUGAUGGUCUCUUCAAUUGCCACGCAAAAGAUCCAUCUCUGGUUGAGAUGAUUCGAAGAUUUUCUAUUCUCUUCACAAGGAUUAUGGACUCCUGGCCCACCAACAUGGGAAGAGCGAAGCACCCAUAUCGAGAUUCCAUAGCUGGGAUUAUAACUGGCAUGUCAACUUCGCUAAUCGUUAUCAUCUUGGCUAGACUCCAGCUUGGGUCGAAAUUUAGGCUAGUCAGAAGCUGGAAGGCGAAAAAACUUCUUCCUGCUUUCAAGUGGGCUUGUUUUCUUAUUGCGUAUGCCUCCUUUAUGGGUUGGUUGACCAUCCAGUAUGGGAAGAUGCUAGGCAUUCCGAAGAUCUUUAUGAACUCUUGAUCCAUUGCCAAAAGGUAAUGCUCACCCUUGUAAAUUUCACUAUUUAAUCAGUCAGAAUUGUAUGUUUAUUUAUACCAGGGGAGAUUCUUUAUUCUGACCCACUCAAGAUAUUUGUUGUGUACAAUCUUGAUAUAGAAAGGAAGAAAAUUUUACAGGCAUGUCAAAAAGAAAUGCCACUUAUAUUUUCUCCUGUGAAAA